GUACGCGUUGCCGGCGAAGAGGGGAGCCUGACGACUCGGAAAUUUGAAUACCACAGUAGCAUGGAGUGUGACCUCAUGGAGACUGACAUCUUGGAGUCGUUGGAAGAUCUCGGUUACAAGGGUCCAUUGUUAGAAGAUGGCGCUCUGUCUCAGGCCGUCACUGCUGGAGCCAGUUCCCCUGAGUUUACCAAACUGUGUGCUUGGUUGGUGUCUGAAUUAAGAGUGCUCUGUAAACUAGAGGAAAAUGUGCAAGCAACUAACAGCCCGAGUGAAGCUGAAGAAUUCCAGCUUGAGGUGAGUGGGCUACUAGGGGAGAUGAACUGUCCAUAUCUUUCACUGACAUCUGGGGAUGUGACCAAGCGCCUUCUCAUUCAGAAGAACUGCCUCCUUUUGCUCACAUACCUCAUCUCAGAACUAGAAGCUGCCAGAAUGCUCUGUGUGAAUACUCUUCCAAAAAAAGCUCAAGAAGGAGGCGGUAGUGAGGUCUUUCAAGAGUUGAAAGGCAUAUGUAUUGCUCUAGGAAUGUCCAAACCUCCAGCCAAUAUAACUAUGUUCCAAUUCUUCAGCGGGAUUGAAAAAAAAUUAAAGGAAACAUAAGCAAAAGUUCCACCUAAUCAUGUGGGAAAGCCUUUAUUGAAGAAGCCAAUGGGACCGGCCCACUGGGAAAAGAUAGAAGCAAUUAACCAAGCUGUGGCCAAUGAAUAUGAAGUUCGGAGAAAGCUGCUAAUAAAACGUUUGGAUGUCACCGUCCAGUCUUUUGGCUGGUCUGACAGAGCCAAGAGUCAAACAGAAAAAUUGGCGAAGGUUUACCAGCCAAAACGCUCAGUCUUAUCUCCUAAAAGUACUAUUUCUGUUGCCCACCUUUUGGCUGCAAGACAAGACUUGUCAAAGAUCUUAAGGACGAGCAGUGGCUCUAUAAGAGAAAAGACUGCCUGUGCCAUCAAUAAGGUGUUGAUGGGCAGAGUUCCUGACAGAGGGGGUAGGCCCAAUGAAAUCGAACCUCCACCCCCAGAGAUGCCACCGUGGCAGAAAAGGCAAGAUGGCCCCCAGCAACCAGCAGGAGGACGAGGAGGCGGCAGAGGGGGCUAUGAGCAUUCCUCGUACGGAGGAGGGAGAGGUGGCCGCGGCGGCUACGACCACGGUGGCCGCGGGGGAGGAAGAGGAAAUAAGCACCAAGGAGGCUGGACAGACGGAGGGAGCCGGGGAGGGGGCGGCUACCAAGAUGGCGGUUAUCGCGAUUCGGGUUUCCAGUCCAGUGGCUAUCACGGUGGCCACAGUGGCGGCUAUCAGGGCGGGGGUUACGGUGGCUUCCAGACAGCUACAUACACAGGAAGUGGAUACCAGGGUGGUGGAUAUCAGCAGGACAAUAGAUACCAAGAUGGUGGGCAUCACGGUGAUCGAGGCGGGGGUCGUGGAGGGAGAGGGGGUCGUGGAGGGAGAGGGGGUCGUGGAGGCCGAGGCGGACGCGCUGGCCAAGGAGGAGGCUGGGGAGGAAGAGGGAGCCAGAAUUAUCAUCAAGGGGGGCAAUUUGAACAGCACUUCCAGCAUGGAGGUUACCAGUAUAAUCAUUCUGGAUUUGGACAGGGAAGACAUUAUACUAGUUGAGGCUACAUAGAACCUUACAUUUUGCUAGAGCUCAACUAAUAGAAACUUAGUUUCAGAAUCCUGAAUUCAGCAUUGAUUUUGAAUUAAUGUGAGACCACCGGU